AAAAUAUUUUGUUUAGUUCGACUGACGUGAGUGCCAUAAAUUAGGCCGUCAGAUUACCUCGAGUGUAUAUAUCUCAUAGGUAAAUCAUUUACAGAAUAAGUGUUUAGAUGACCUUGAAUGUGAUAUGAGUGAAUCACGGCGUAAAAGGUACGGUCCAGGGCCACGAAACCGUUCUAACAGUGGAGACCAAUUUCACAAAAAUUCUCCUGGUCCGAGUAAAAAUUCCAAGAAUAAAAUGAACAACGGACAGGCUAAGCCAACUGUCACGAGACAGGCUAGUCAAGACCAUGUAAGGAAGAUUGUCCAAGAGGAGGGGAGAACAGCUAGGAAUCUUAUAGCAUAUAAUGUUCCUGUUGAGGAAGAAGAACCUGGGUAUAGAUGGAAACAGAGAUCUAGAUCCACAAGCAAAAGAUCUCCAUCCCGAGGCAACAAGUCCAGAUCCGGGUACCCCCUUACUGCCAGUCUCAGCUUCACAGAGCCCCUGAUGGUUGUCACUAGCCAGGACCCCCCUGUAGUGCUCAGCACUCCCCCAGUUGCACAUCUGAAACAGCUUAGCAUGGACAAUGUGACCACUGAUACAGAUAGCAGGCCCUCUAGUGUGGCCAGUGGCCCCAGGAAAGGAGAUCUGAGGGCCAGGUAUUGGGCAUUCUUGUUUGAUAACCUACAGAGAGCUGUGGAUGAAAUAUAUCAGACAUGUGAGGCGGAUGAGAGUGAACUAGAAUGUAAGGAGGUGAUCAUGAUGCUGGAGCAAUGCACCAAAGACUUCAAAUCUCUCAUUAGUAGGAUACAUAUCAUGAAAGACUACGAGAAUGCCAAAGAAGGAAGCAAACCAACAUCUUUAGCAUGGGAGCUAAGGAAGACCACUUCUCCAGGGAAAGGCCUGACCAGUGAGCACAGAGAUAGGUGUACCCCUAGUCCAACAGUGCAGAAAAGUCUCAACUUCUCUGGACAAAAUACCUUAACGAUCAAUCCUAGCCAUGUGUUAUUGACCAAGCUACAAGGAAACAGUUGGGCAGAUAAGGUGAAGGGAACACUGACUAAACCAGAGAUCCUUCAACCACCACCACCCCAACUCUCACCUAGGGCAGGGGAGCCACCACACCAUGCCCAUAAACCCAGUGUUACCAAAUUGAAACUUGAUGAAGUGGCCCUCUCAGAAGACAGUGAAGGCUGGGAAACUGUACAUAGUAAAAAACAAGUGAAAAAUGCCAAAAAUUCCCCAACACAAAAAGUCAACCCUAAGGGUAAAUUCCGAUCUCCACGUGUUCAAACAACACAGAAACAAUCCAGUAGUGGAUAUUCCCAAUCUAGGACUCAACCAAAUGGUCAAAAUCGGAAUAAGAAAUCCAGCGUUGACAAUCACCAAAGAAUUGAUAGAACAAUGUCCAGUUCUAGUCAACCAGACUCAAAUACCAAUGCUACCAAAAAUGGUAAUAAAAUUGACACAUUCAAGCGUUCUCACUCGGAUUCUGGGGAAGUUCCAUUGAGUCCUAGUCCCCACCCAUCUGUCGAUAAAACAUCACAGAAUUUUGCAUGGGUAGUCCCUCGGAGUCCUCAUACUGGUAAGACUCCCCGUAGUAUGGCACAGAGCGGGGUUACAGCUAUAGAUGUCUCUCCCAUGCAUAGUCCAGGACGUAGGAGUCGCAGCAGCCGGGACAGUGAUAAAGAAAAUAAACCUGAUAUUCACAUUGAAGAGUUUCUAAAUGAUGUACAGCAACAUAAUGCUCAAGAGGAAUUGUUUAAAAGGAGAGAUGAAAUAUGUGUUGAAGAGUCAAGUGAUGAGAUCAGUGAGGAAGAAGAGGUACUUGCCACACGUAUAGAAACAGAGUAUGAGAAUGUCUUAGAUGAUCAAAGCCAAGUCGAAGAAGAACUUGAAGAGAUGCAAAACAGGGCACUGGAAUCUGCCAUUCAACAGGAAGAAGAUCUGAACAAAGCAAUUGAGAAAGAGGAGAAUGAGGAGAUCAUAGUUGAUACGGAGCCUGAGAGUGACCUUGGGAGCACCCUGAACACAACACUUGGUAGCUCUGUGACUUCAGUUAACUGGGAGAACAUGCUGGCAGACUAUGAAAAGCGUGCACAGUCAGGGAUGUCUGUUUGGAGUGAUAUGGUGGAAGAUGAAGACUUUGAACAGAGAACUCCUGGUAGAGGGGUACACAUGCAUGAGAAACUAUCAUCACCUUCAAGAAAAAGGUCAAAGAAUGAAGCAAGACGAAGGGCAGAAGAAAAGCAGGCCAAGGCACAACAACUCAGAGGAAAACUUCUCAUGGAGAAAUCAGAUCGGAUGAAAGAGCUCUACAAAAAGGUUGAGGAGAUACAAGCAUGUAAGGAGGAACUAUUGAGGCAACGUAGGAUGAGCAUGGAUAGAAAGCUGGCUAGGGCAGAAUCAAAAAGACAAUUACAACUCCAGCAGAAAGUUAGGAGAGCCCAUGAAGAAGAAACCAAGGCCAAUGAGAUUGCCUUUAUUAACACAUUGGAGGCUCAGAACAAGAGACAUGAGAUAUUAUCCAAACACCAAGAUGUACAAGCAAGACUCAUGGACAUACAGGAAGAGCGCCAGAGGAAGCAAGAAGAAAAAGCAGCUAAAGAGGCAGCUGUUGAAGAGCGGAGGAAAGCUCUGGAGGCCGAGCGACAGGCCAGGCUGCAUGAAAUGCAACAGAAACGUAAGCAGAGAGACACAGUGUUUGAACAGCGCCAGAUGGAGCGUGAGAAGGUGCGUCAACAAGCCAAGACAGCAAAGGAUAGAGACAGAGAGGAGAGGAUUGCUGCAUUGAAUGCCCAACAUGAGGCUAAUAUUAAAGAACUGCAGAAGAAGAUACAGUUGAAGCAAGAUGAAAGUGCACGUCGUCACAAUGAGAAUUUGCAGCAAAUCAGAGAGAAGGCAUUUGAGAUGUCGAUUCUACGUCACUCCUCAGAUGAUCACAACGAUGCCCCCAAACUGGUGCCUUAUGACAGGAAGAAACUAUGUGCAGUGUGCAAUGUACUGAUCUCAUCAGAGGUUUUCCUGCUAAGUCAUCUGAGGGGGAAGAAACAUCAACAGGCUCUUAAAGACAACUGGCCAAAGACAAAAGAACCAUCCAAGUCAGACAUUGAACGGUUUAAUUUGAAGAACAUAAUAGACGCUCCACAGGACAAACCUGAUCCACAAGUCGUGCUGGAAAAAGAGAGACAGAAAGCGUUGAAAAAACGCUGUAAAAAACUGCGGCAACGUAUGACGCUAAGGGGGCAGGAGUUUGAGAAUUCUGUUCAAGCAAAGAAACAAACAAUGGAGACGGAGAACAAAGCAAAGAUUGGCAAGUUAGUCAAGGAGUUGACCAGGCACCUAAGUAGUCAAGGCACCGGCCCAUGGCCCCAGAAUAGAGUCUCUGCCCUCGAUAGAGCCCUGGGUGAAAUCAAACGUGUUAUGGAGAAAAAGGUUCCCGGCGAUCAGAUAGCUGUAAAAAUAGCUGGAGGUCUCACUACACUUACAAGAAUACUCAUGUUAUCGAUGACUACCUCACCCGCUAGUCCAGCCGUUAUUCCCACAAAAUCUCUAGUCAACACCAGUGAUGUCAUGAGACAUGUAUGUGCCAGUUGCUAUGACAACUGUCAUUAUAUGUUGUUUAGCAACAAGCUGGCGACAGUCAUAGACAUUUUAGUCAGUCAAUUAAAUAUUCUAAUACCAGAGAGUUUCAGUUCAGAUCUGCUGGGUAACAGUGGGAAUAGUAGUGGAGGUGGAGACAUACAGCGGCUCCCCUCUAAUCCCCUAGCUACCUCCCUCCUCAAUCUCCUAGCUACAGUCCUACUCUGCCUCUCAAAACACAUCAGUGGUGGUCAUGCUACUGAGGUUGGGGCAUCAAAACAUAUCAUCAGCUCUAGCGGUCAUGCUGCAGAUGUUGGUGCAUCUGGUGAUGCAUUUAUAUCACGUUCUACAGACAUAAUCAGCUACAUCAUCAGCAAUGGUAUUGUGGAUAAGUUGACCCAGUACUUCAGUAAUGUCCGUGGUCCAGUGGAUGGUGAUGUCCAGGGGGCGAACUUCCUUCUGCAUAGUCUCAAUCUACUUACUGCCAUCACUAGAGUCUCUGCAGUCAGGCGUAACAAUAUAUUUGAGAAAAGCCGUAUUGAGGAUACAUCACAACUCAUCUCAACUCUCCGUGUCACUGAACUCGUGGGGAUUGUGUCUCUGAUGUAUGGCAUGUUACUGCACAGUGGAGCCCCAGCCAGGGGUGACAAUACACCCCCAGAACUGCCCACCCCCACCCUGAAUGUCACAAUUUCUGGUAUCAAGAUGCUCAACCAUAUUGCUGCCUUAGACCUCUGCAUGCUUCAGGAGGCUUUGGGAGAAGAAGGAACAUCAUUACAGUUCCGCCAUAUUGCAAGUUACCUAAUAUGGUAUUGCUGUCAGCGAGAAUGUGAGGAUUUACUCCAUGAGGUGAUUGUUUGUGUCGGACAUUUUAGUGCCCUCUGCAAUGACAAUCAGCUGUUUAUUCAGUCAGGCCAGCCCCCCACAGUUCUCCAGCAACUAUGCAGUCUACCAUUCCAGUAUUUCAGUGAUCGGAGACUGACCAAUGUCUUGUUUCCCAGUUUGAUUGCCUGUUGCUAUGACAAUGAGCCAAACACACUGAUUCUGCAACAAGAACUUAGCUGCUCCCUCCUUGCCAACUUUUUAGAGGGCAAAAUCUUAGAAUCUCAACAGGAAAAGCUUCUUCCAGUUACCACUCUAAAGCAAAGAGAGAAAUGGCAGAUUGAAAGUGAGAGGAUGGAUUUAAGUGCCAGAUUUCCCAUUCAUCUCUGGACUGAUGCCUACAACUAUUUCCAUCAAUCGGGAACACCCUAAUAAUAUGGCUGCAAAGACAUAGAAAAUACUCUCCCUUUGCUAGAGUAUAUCGCUGUUCUACCAUUUGCAUUCUUUUGACCCGAUAGUGCUAGACUCUGUGCUUUGGUACCGCCAUCUCCUUGAGUUCACCUAGGGAUGCUGCUCUACCAAGUAUCCCCCCUCCCCAUUUCUCAAAAUUUUUACUAUACCCGAGAGGGGAAUACACCGAGAGUUCUUUGGAUUAACCCAUUUAAAUCAGUAUGAAAGAAUAGUCAAAAUCUUAGUAUAAGAAAUACAUGGAUCAGCUUAGAUAUUUAGUGAUCGGAAAUAACAUUUAGGAAUUAAACAUACGCCACGUUGACAAUAGAUACAUUUGUGAAACAUUAAUGGAAGAUAUAUUUUGUACUUACCAUCACAAAGAAUUGAUAAAUAAUAUAUAGUAUGCUUUUAGCUGACUCUCUUUAAGUGAAGCUUUAGAGCACCGGACAAAUACCUAUGAGAUGCUUUAAAAUAUUGAUCAAUCACUUAAUGGUCUCAUCCGAGGACAGAGGAAGGAGUGACGCUUCAGAAAGGAAUUAAAUGCUGCAGAUGAUUAUGAAAAUAACAAUACAUCAACAGGAUGUAAACAGGCUUGUUCCUGAGUGUUUAGAUAUUGACGGGGGCAUACCUGCCUGAUUUAUGUAUUUCCUAUCAUCACCAGGCAGAGAGGACUCAUGAUGAAAAUAUUUCAAUCAUUAUUACUACAAGUAUCAUUAUUUGACCCAUUCUGGCAGAAAGGCUUAAAGGCAGAAUCGGAUCUA